AUGACUAGUUCUGUAUUAUUUGUAAAGGCCCUAUACGACUUUAACUCAAGCGACUCUUCCAGUCUCUCGUUCAGAAGGGACGAUAUAAUACAAGUGCUCACGCGCUUGGAAUCUGGCUGGUGGGAUGGUUUAUGUAAUGGCGAACGUGGCUGGUUUCCAAGCAACUAUGUAACUGCUGUAGAAGACGACGAUGACUAUAUAGACGAAGACGAUAAGUCUGAUUGGGUAGCUCAGCAGACCCCUGAUGGUGACGUAUUCUAUUUUAAUCCCCGGACAGGAGAAUCCGCAUGGGAACUCCCGGGUGAUGACAAUGAGUCGGUCACAACUACACCUUCUGUGCGCGACCCUUCUUCGCCUCACGGUGAAAGUCCCAGUAACGGCCCUAUAAACGGUCACGCUCAACGCUCUAAUGAAUCCCGUUCCGGAUCCAUUAGCUCUGUACGGGCACCCUUGCCCGAACACUGGAUACGGCAACCUACCGAGGACGGAAACACUUAUUACUAUUUGAACACAUUAACGAAAGAGGUUAGAUGGACUUAUCCGGGUGGAGGAAAUACUACCGCUUCAAGUGGUUCGGAUCCUGAAGAGAAAUUUGACGGUGACAUUAUCGGAAAUGAUCCGGCAUUAAGAGUAGAGGAUGAUGCUACCGCUGCUGUCGACGAGGAAAGUGUUGCCAGUUCACAUGGAAGCAGGCUGAGUACUAGUACUAUGGGAACACCAAAGCAACACCAGGAAGACGUAAACGGAACUGAAACAUUACCACCCAAUUGGGGCAAGAAAUACACUGAUACAGGACGUCCAUACUACUUUAAUGUGAUAACUGACGAGACCACCUGGAAUCUCGAAAAUAUCGAUAUGCAAACUGGUCAGUUAAUCAAUGCAUCACAGACGACCGUCGAUAAUCAGACGGAGAACCGGGAUUGUGAUGACCAGAAUGAUGCAAGAAUACCGGCUAAAAAGGCUUCUUCUUCAUCUUUGUUUGGGAGCAACGCAAACGAACCGCUUACUUGGGAGUCACUCUCGAGUAAUGUCUUUCUUGCUAUCCAUCAUUUGGAUAUGGCAGUGAGAGAAUCACAAAAGUAUUCCUAUACUAUAUGCACUAAUUCUGUCGUAGAGAGUAUUCGUAUUAUGCUGUAUGCAUCGGGAACAGUGGAAAAAGAAUCACCUACAAUUCGUGCAAACCGAAGUUUAAAAAUAUAUCAUAGAUGUAUCAUGGCGUCUCUAUCAAAAUUAGUACUAUCCACCAAGGUGGCAUCAGGCGUAUGGCCUCCGCCAGAUGCAGCUCAGAAAAUGAAAAAUGAUGCUGAUGAAGUACUUUCGGCGGUAAAAUCAUUUGUUCAGGCUGCUAACCAUACUGUCGAAAUCAAGAGAGUCGACCCCAAGAUACUCGAGAGUCCUGUUGGUGGGGCAUGGCGUGGGAAUAACUUGUCUCCAACGCAGAAUGGACGAUAUUAUAAAGGGCCUGGUGGUGAAGAGUAUGAUGGUCAAGCAGCUUCACCUACAGCCAUGUUCCCCGGACGUUCACUGACACCAGAUCUUCUUGCUACGCUUGACCAUAUUUCUCGCAAUGUUAAUAAAGCGAUUAAUCUGCUUUUGUCACAUCUUCGCAAGGCUGUAGAUGCUCCACGUACCAAUGCCCCUACGAAUGCAACCUUUGCUCCGCAAAUGAUUUCACAGACUCGUCAAGUUGUUACCCAAGUCGGACAAUUUUUAUCUCUGAUUGAAGAUAUUAAUCUCGAAGACUUGGACGAGUCAAGCGCAGGGUCAAUUAACGAGUUCAAAAUUGCCAAGCAAGCGUUAUAUCAUAAUGUCGCUGGAUUGGUUAUCUACACUCAAUCAGCAACUGACCCAUUGGCGCCGCCAAAUGCCAUGGACCAAGUUUAUCUCACGACUACUAUUGUUGACAAGUCGGUAAAGGAUGUGAUUAUCGCUACUAAAUUCCUUAUCGAAGAGAAAGACGCUCAGGACCAACAACGGAUGCAGAGUACCAUGCGGCGAGGUAGUAAUACUGUUGACGCGGCGGUUAAGAUGAGCGCUGGCAAAGAUUCUCCCGAACUAGUUGGCGAAACGAGUGGUCAAGCUUCGACCAAUAAUACUAUUAGAGCAGAAGUUGGAGCUGAGCACAAACAAUUAGCGUUGGAAACCGUACCAGAAGAUGAGGUAGAAAACCAAGCAAUACCAAAUAAUAACUUGUAUAACCAAACGGAUGAAUUUGAUGUGCAGGGACCAUCCGGUGAAAGUCCGAUUAUUGGCGAACCGUUUGCUGAUCCCACACUUAGUCCAGCGGGAACGAAAUCGCCCCGAGACGAAAAACUCAUAAGAUUUUUCGGCCACGAUCCCGCACUGGCCGUAACAACACAAAAACGAGAAGAAAAGCCGGACUUUUUGAAAUAUGAUUAUGAUCAAUCCGAGAUAGUUUUCAAUUUAGAGGGACAUGUCAAAGGUGGUACUUUAAGAGCUUUAGUUGAAAGACUGACAAUGCACGACUUGUUGGACUCGAACUUUAUUGCAACAUUCUUGUUGACGUAUCGAUCGUUUACGACCACGGAAGAGUUCUUUGAAUUACUUGUAAAGCGAUUCAUGAUACAACCACCACCAAACUUGACUCUGGAAGAGAACGAGCUAUGGCAAGAGAAAAAGCAGACGCCGAUCAGAUUGAGAGUGUUUAAUAUCAUGAAAAGUUGGUUGGAAAUAUAUUAUAUCGAUGAAGCAGAUUCACAGUGUUUGGAAAAGAUGAGAGAGUUUGCUAGUACGGUUAUGCACGAGCAUAUGGCUUUUGCAGCUAAUAGUUUGAUAAAAGUUAUUGACAAGCGGAAAGAGCAACCGAAAGAUGCAACUUUCAAGGGAUUGGUUCCUAGCACUGCCAUUCAGCCGCCGCCUCCAAAUCUUCCAAGGAACAUGAAGAGGCUUAGAUUCGUGGACCUGGACCCGUUGGAGUUGGCCAGACAGCUGACUCUCAUCGAGUCUAAAUUAUAUAAUAAGAUCCGUCCUGUUGAAUGCCUUGGAAAGGCUUGGAGUCGAGAAGAGGGUGGCGAGAUUGCCGAGAAUAUCAAGGCAAUGAUAGUUAAUAGUAAUCAGAUAACUGGAUGGGUCGCAGAAUCGAUAUUACAUCAAUCUGAAAUCAAAAAGCGAUGCAACUUGAUAAAACAUUUUGUAGCCGUUGCUGAAAAAUGCCGAAGUCUAAACAAUUUCAAUUCACUCACGGCAAUUAUUUCUGGGCUAAAUUCUGCACCUAUUCAUCGUCUCAAGAGAACCUGGGAGAUGGUGAAUGCUAGAACAAUACAGAACCUGGAAGCACUAAACAAAAUAAUGAAUUCGACAAAGAAUUUCUUAGACUAUCGAGCGCAAUUGCACAGCGUUAAUCCGCCCUGUGUUCCCUUUUUGGGUGUUUAUCUUACGGAUCUGACAUUCAUUGAGGAUGGUAAUCCGAACGUCUUGAAAAAGAAUCGAAACCUAAUCAAUUUUUCAAAACGAAUGAAGACGGCUGAAGUCAUUCGCGAAAUCCAGCAAUACCAAGCUGUGCCUUACCAUUUGACUCCCGUGCAAGAGAUUCAGAUCUUUAUAAAAAGCCAUCUUCAAGAUAGUCGUGAUGUUGGUGAUCUCUAUGCUCUGUCUCUGAGCAUGGAGCCAAGAGAACGUGAAGAUGAGAAGAUUGCAAGACUGUUGCAAGAAUCUGGAUUUCUAGAACCUCAUCUGCCAACUGUAAAGAAUAGCAAUAUUCCAAACAUUAAAUUUGGUAGUGAAGCGACUAUUUCUCAAAAUCAAAACAAGUUCAAGGACAAUGACGAAAAUAGACCUGGUCCAUCAAAAAUGAAACGUGUUGGUAAGAGAGUGGUUGCCGCUGAGGACUCGAAGCAUAAUGAAACAAGCGAACCCGGUCCAUCGAGUAAUCCCGUCAUUCGAUUGGAUAGCAAGGCGACUGCUUUUGAAGCCAGACCAACCGGUAGCAAUGUUACAACGACAAAAUUGGGCAAAGCUAAAAAAAUCAAGAAUGACAAAAAAAAUAAACUAGCCAAUAUUAGUAAUCUCCCGAAUGAGAAACCUGGUGGUAAAGCUACCAAGACUGUCAAUAAGAAACAGCGGAAAUCUAAAAAUGGCGGAAAAGAAAACAAGGAACCCAGGAAAAAACUGGGAAACGAAUCAGACCUGUGUGACUAUCCAUUAGCAAAGAUGAUUCGCCUAGAAUCCAUUGCUCGCCCAUUCCAUAUGACGCCUCCCCUCUGCGUCUUAAUUGAUCUUCAUGGAUGCAACCGCGUCAAAGCCCAAUGUCUCUUGACAGCAUUUCAAAGUCUCGAGCCGUCAUUAAAAUAUACACCUCGAGUCAGAUUCGUCACCGGAACAGCCUCAACCAGAGAACAUCCAGCAGUGCUACGACCGCUCUUGAUAAAGUUUUUAAACCAGGCUUUUCCAUCGCGACAAAAGUGGGAAUCUGCCGCAUUCAUUGAUCUCGAAAUUUUGGCAGAAGGCCCAAGUAAGAGUGAAGAGAAAACGCACAUGGCUAAGAAUGAAAAGGCAAGAGUACAGAACAAUGACAAGAGUAGCGAUGAUAAUAAAGACAUUACCGAGAACAAAGAACCGAGUGUCUUUAGGCCACAGAUUGAAAAGAAAAGUUCACAAUUGGCGAUGGAUACUGAUCCAAAGGAUGCUCAGAGAGACAACGUCAAGAAGAAUCUUAAAAAAUUGGCAACGUUGGUUCGUCGUAUAUGCAAGUUUGCUACUAAAAAGUUGCCUGGUGGGCAAUAG